AUGACACUUGAAGAAACUAUUAUUCCACCAGAUUUAAAAAUCCCUGGUGUUUCCAACAACUCCGAACUUGUUCAUUGGAUUAAGGAUGAAAAAAUUGUCUUGCAUCCAAAUUUAACCAUUGAAGAAAGUAAACUUGGAGGUAUUGGAUUAUUUUUCACCCCUGAUGAAUCUAUAGAAUAUCCUGAUUCAGAUUUUGAAAUAUUACGUAUUCCUAGAGAAUCUUCAUUUUGUUUGGAUACUUUAAUAAAACCAUUAGAAGAGAUUAAAGAACGUGAUUUAACCGUAUUUCCCGGAACUGUUCCGAUUAAAGAAUCGGAAUUAGUUAUUAAUUUUUUAAAUACUAUGGAACCUAGUAGUGAAACACAUAUUAUAUUGACAUAUUUUUUUGCAUUUAAAACUAUUCAAAAUAUUCGAUUGAAAUAUCCUAAAAAUUCAUAUUAUGCAAAAUCACCUUUAAGAAAAUUGGAUAUUUAUUUGGAUAUUUUAUGUAAUACAUUUACUAUUAAAUAUCCUCAACAUAAAACACAUGAUGAUGAUUUUAUUCUUGGUUAUAUUGAAAUGUCAAAUAAAUUUAGAUUAGAAUAUGAAUCAUUAAUUGAACAAUUGAAGAUUUUACAUCGUGAAGAUGAAGGAAAAUUUGAAUUUACAGAAUUAUUUCCAUUUGAAGAUUGUUUUCAAAUUUAUCAAGCUGUUAGAUCAAGAAUUUUAGAGAUUCCAAGAUCUAUAAAAGGAACAGAAAUUGAAGAUAUGGUUAGUGGUAUUGAAAAUAAUUUAGCUGAUUUAUCAAUUAGUUUAGAUGCAAAUGCUAAAAAAAUCAUUCCAAUUAGAACUAAUGAAGAUUAUGUUAUAGAUAUUUCUUUAGUACCAAUAUUAGAUUUUGCUAAUCAUUGUCAUGAAAAUAAUGCCUAUUUUGAUAUUGAAAGAGAAUCUGAUUUAAUUAUACUUAAAUUGAAAAGAGAUGAAUUUUCUAAUAAUCUGAAGAAAUUUGAAGUUACUAUUAGUUAUAAUCCAGAAGAUAAUAUUAAAGAUUUUAUGUCUACUUAUGGAUUUCAACCCCAAUUAUUAAAUGAAGGAAAUUAUCAAUUAUUUGAAUUGAAAUUACAAAAUUUGAAUAAAUUUAUACCUGAUGGUGAAUUAUUAUGUAAAUGGUUGAAAAUAUUACCACAAAUUCAAAUUGUAUUUAAUAAAGAUGAAAUUUAUUUAAAUAUGUUUUCUAAUAAUUUACCAUUGUUAUUUAUUGAUGGGUUAAGUUAUAAUAAAGAUUGGUUAGAUUUAUUAUUGGCACAUUUUAUUAAAUUUAAUGAUAUUCCUGAAGGAUAUGAUACUAAAAUUAAUGGAGAAGAAUUGACAAAUUUAUUUUUAUAUCAAGAAAAAGAAUAUGAUUAUAUUAAUGGUGUUGAUCCAAUUGGAGUUAAAUUUAAAGAUUCUACACUUCCUAAUUUAUCAUCUAUAUUGGAAGUUACUCAAGCAGAUUUUGAUGAAUUAAUUAAUAAAACAAUUGAAUUUAUUGCUAAUGUUUAUUGUCGAGAUUUGAUUAAAACAAUUAAACAAUUACAAAUUAAAAAUAAUUUUGAUGAAUUAAUUAAUAAUUAUCAAAAUCUUGAAAUUAAUUUAUGUAAUAGAAUAAUUGAAAAAUAUGAAAAUGAACAUGAUGCUAAUAGUUUAAUACUACCUGAAAAAAUUGCUAAAAUUGAAUGGGAAAUUGAAUAUCGUUCAAAACCACGUGAAUUGACCUUAGAUGAAUAG